ACAAGACAUGCAUAUUAUUCGUUCCCUAAACUACGGAUUCUGAAUGCCAAUGCCAGAGAAAUUAUAUAGAAAAGGAUAAGGAAUUCAUAAAAAAUUAAUGGAGGAAGCUUCAGUGCAGUCAACUCCAAGAAAUACCUAAUCCAUGCAGAAAUGCGGUAAAAUUGAAGAAGCUUCUUCCACAUUCUUAUUCCUAAAUUCGCGUGGGUUCCACCCAAACCCAAAUAAAUUCGGGCCAGAGAUCUCUAAAUUCUCUGUUAACCAGAGAAUUCACAGCUAACUGAAAUGAAUUCAGCCCAGAGAAUUUAGAAAUUAUCUGUCAACCAGACAAUUCACAGCUAGCCCAAAUAAAUUCAGCCCAGAGAUCUCUAAAUUCUCUGUCAACCAGAGAAUUUAUAGAUAACCCAAAUAAAUUCAGCCCAGAGAUCUCUGAAUUCUCUGUCAACCAGAGAAUUCGGGGAAAGAAAUCAGAGCAGAAUGGGAAGUUAUCUUUCGUGUGGUUCUUCUCACAUAUUCCCCUCUAACACAGUUAAAGUUGUGGCUUACAAUGGUGAGCUCCAAGAAUUUCAGAAGCAAAUAAAGGCUGCAGAACUCAUGUUGGAAAAUCCUCAGCAUUUUGUAUGUCAUGCAGAUUCUUUACAGGUUGGUCGUCGAAUAAAUCCCCUGUCUGCAGAUGAGGAUUUGGAAUUGGGCCAUCUGUAUUUUCUUCUUCCCAUGUCAAAGUUGCAGGGUGUGGUUUCAGACUCAGACAUGGCCUCAAUUGCAGUCAGGGCAAAAUCCGCCAUGAAAAAGGGUUCCAAGAACUUUGAGAAAAAAAUCAUCCCAUUGUUUGGGGAUAUGGUGUUCCAAGACAAAGCUCGUGAUCAUGAUGAUCUGGGUGGAGAUUUGCCAGGUGGUUUAAAUAUUGUUGUGGUGCCCAAAAUGGAUGUUGAAGGCCUUUCAGAGCUACAGAUAGAUUUGGGAAAGUAUAGAUUGAGCAAGAGCAGGUCUUGGAGGCCAAAUUUGGAGACCAUUAGGGAAGCUGACAAGCCAAGGGCCUGAUCAAACCUCUGCAUUUCCUCAACCCAAAUUCUGUAAUCAAGCUUCUGAUCUUGUAUACAUUUCUGGAUAAAUCUGGUUUAUCCAAAAGGAUCCAAAGAACAAGUUUUUCUGUUUCCUCUUUAAUGGUGUUUAAAUCUAUGAAUGGGUUUGUCAAAUGAGCAGAUUCAUCUUCUUACCGGUAUAUUGUUAGGUCUCAGAGAAAUAAAAAUGGUAGCAAUCAGAACAUGAUAUUGGGAAUUAUUGGAAACCAUGUUUCGGAUGAUUACUUUCUUUUCUUGCGUUCCAAAAGUUCUGGUUAUUACUUCUGGAUUAGGUUGUGUUUGUUCUGGAAUAUAUUAUCAAGAUGAUAGAUAGCUAUAGUUCAUGUAAUAUUGAGAAUUAAUGGAAGCUAUUGUAAU